AUGGUACUGAACGAGUUGCUUCUGCUUUUCCUUCCUCUCGGAACUAACGCUUAUAUUUCGGAAUCAUGGGCAAUGCUUACUUCUGAUCGGCCUUCCUCACCUAAAUGCGUGGACAUACCCAGAAAUCUAACGCUUUGUUAUGGUAUACAAUACUCAACAAUGCGAUUACCCAAUCUUUUGGAGCAUGAAACAGUAGAUGAGGUGAUUGAACAAGCAGCUCCUUGGAUACCACUACAUCGACUAAACUGCCAUCCUGACACUCAGCUCUUUCUGUGUUCGUUGUUUGCUCCAGUUUGCUUGCCGACUAUGGAUCGCGAAAUUUUACCCUGUCAAUCGCUUUGUUCUGCUGUCCAAAAGGGAUGUGAAAGCCGAAUGCGUCAGUACGGUUUUCCUUGGCCAGAUAUGCUAUCGUGCAAUAAGUAUCCGAAGGACAACGACAUGUGCAUCGGUCCUGUUUCUGAGAAGGCCACAAGUGCGUCUUCUUUCAUUUGUCAACUUAGUCUGCGUCGCAUCACUCAUCACUUUACUCUUCUUUUACUGGUAAAUGCUAGGAAAUGCGUGAAUGGGAGUUUGCAUGGUUUCUAUCUAUCGGGGAAGCAGCAAAGUGGCAACAGGCAUAAUCUCACCAAGGGUGCCGCAAGUCGACGAGCUGUCAGGCGGCUUUCUUUCAUCGGUUGCCGAUUGACAUUUCAAGUCAUCAUAUUUGCAGACCUCAACGAUACCUGUUCAUCGUGCAGACAGGUCGGUACAUACGAGAAUAUCCUCGAUCAUUACUGCCGAUCUCAAAUAGUAGUGAAGGUGCGCAUCGCAGGUAUCAAUAAAUCAUACGUAAGUGUGCGAAAGGCGCGUUCACUAAAAAAAUCUGAUCGACGCAGGUCUGUGGGCCGAAAUACGGUCAUUCAUUUCUCUGCCAAUCGCGCUUGCCCUUGCCAUUUAGGUGGUACAGGAGAUCAUCGCUUCCUCAUUAUGGCUGACCAAAAUGAUAGAGGCGAUUUCAUUGCAAAUUUGAUACUGCCGUGGAAAAAUACUGACAAGCCAUUUAAGAGAGCUAUUCGAAGCUUUCGCAAAUUGAAUUGUCAGUCACUGGGAAGAGAAAUAAGAGAAAGUGCUUAUCGUCGCAGUCUUUAUCGUAAAAAUUUCUAA